UUGCUGUGGAAAAGCUAUUCUACUGGCUGAAACAGAGGAGCCCCCAUCGUGGCGAGCAAGAUGAGGAAUUGAUUUCUUGUUGCUUUGUUUUUUUAUGAAUUAUUUGUGCCGUAUUAGGAUGAAAGCACAAAGUUCAGUGCCCUUUACCUCCUGCCCCCACCCCCACUCAAUCAAUUAACUACUUUUCAAUAUUCCUUAAUUCUCUGUCAAUCUCCGCAGUGCGCCACGAAUUCCAACGGGUCACCACUUUCUUAUUGGAUUGAAAUUCUGGUAUAUUAAGGAAUCACAAGCUCUGUAGUUUAGUGGUGAAACUUUUUCUUUUGUUAGUGUUACCUGUUGAAGAGGGAAGAGCUAUGGCAUGGAAGAAAAUAUACUUAGAUCUUGCACUGGUGCCUCCUUCCCUUUUUCUGUUGGUGCUAUAUCACAUUUUUUUGUGCUACAAAAUCAAGAAAACGCCUCUGCAGACAAUUACAGGGGUUAACAGCGUUGGAAGGCGACUCUGGGUUGAAACUCUGAUAGAGGACACAGAUAAGAAGAACAUUCUGGCAGUUCAAACAAUGCGAAACAUGAUAAUGCAAUCCACAUUGGUGGGCACAAUUUCUGCUUUGUUGUCAACAGGAUUGGCUGCAGUGAUGAGCAGCACAUACAGCUUGAACAAGCAGCAGCCUGCAGAAAACACCAUACUCUUUGGUGCUCAUCACAACGAGCUCUUAGUUGCAGUCAAAUAUGCCACUCCUUUGAUGUUUUUGCUCUUAAGUUUCUUCUGCAGUUCACUCUCCAUCCGCUUCCUCAACCAGGUGGGUUUCUUGAUAAAUGUUCCUCUGCAUGAACCCUGUUUGAUUUCAUCAGAGUACGUGAGCCAACUGCUGGAAAAGGGCUGUGUAUUCAACAUAAUUGCAACAAGAAUACUCUACAUUGCAUGCCCUUUGCUUAUGUGGAUUCUUGGACCCUUUCCAGUGCUGCUAUGCUCGCUGGCCUUACUGCCUGUGCUCUACAAUCUAGAUUUUCUUCUCAUAUCUAAACAGGGCAAAAGUGCAGGAAACAUGGUAGAAGAUGUAAAAACCAAAUUAUGUUAUCGAAUUUUAUAGAAUUGCACUUCUUCCUCUUCAAAUCACGCCCAUUCUUGUUGAAUCGCAGUUUGCAGAGUUUAUCCACAAGGAAGAUGAGUGAUUUAACUGUAUAUUUAGCACCCUCAAAGAGAAGAAAGAUCUAAGUUUAACCUCUUGGCUUUCAAGAUGCAAGAUAAUCCAACAGCAUUAGAUCUUCGUAAGGGGAUUAUAUGUGCUCUAAAAAUAAAUUAGAUCCAAGAGUUCCAUUACUGCAAUGAAGGUAACAAGUGCUCAAGGAAUCUUUCAUUCCACUGUAAUAUUUAAUUAUGUACUUUCCCUUUUCACUAAAAGAGUGUGUAAUUUCAUUAUUGAAAUUUAUACAUUUUUCUAAA